AUGCUAUUCACAUCGACCCCCCUGGGACCGACAGAGCCCCAGAGCAGCGUCUACAAUAUCCAGCUCUCCGCGACUGAAACGCCAGGGAACACGCAUGUGGAUGGCUUGACACAGGGAAGUGCAGACCGCGUGUCCGAGCUGCUGAUGAUCAAUUAUGCCCGGUAUCAUACUCUCUACGCUGCGGUGGGAUUCCACAAUCACACGGUGCACCACCUCCUCACUCUAUUUGCUCUCGGCGCGAGUCCAGAUGAGAUACGGGCGAUGUACGAUCUGAACAUUGGCUACCAAGCGCUGGUACAGUACCGGCCGGCGUCGGUGGUUGUUGGACUGAGAGACCGAACGCUUUUCAAGAAAUGUAUAGGAGAUCUCAGCUACUAUGACAGUUUUCUGCGCUUCUUCCAGGAUGAAAUCGCGCAGCGAGGCGUCCCUGACGUGGUGAACGAGUAUCUGUUUGGGAAUACUGAGGUUUCAAAUGAUAUCCUGGGACGCAUGCAUUCCGGCUUCCUACACCCCAUGAUCCACCUAGGAUGCGGACUCGAAUUCAACCAGCCUCUUCUUGUAGCAGAGGCACUGGCAGCAGGGUGUGUUCACGACGACUGGCCAAACUCAUUCCUCUUUCCGACAGAGGAAUACCAGGAAGUGAACCCAGAGACUGAGUCCAAAUCCAAGUCGAUGCUCGAGGUAAUGGACGAUCUUCACAACGACCCGGUUAUCAGCAACGCAGUCCAGUUAACAGACCCCCUAAACAAAAUCAGCGACGGGCUUCUCGCCAAAGUGCGCGACGAGCUGAUACCCUAUCUAGCACGAUAUAAUGUCACACCCACAGACGAAGCCCUAUAUCAACAAACCGUCGACAUGGUACAUACAUGCGCAUACAUGGUCGGAGCAGCGCAGUGUCCAGGAAAAGUCGCAGCACUAGAUUUCGUGAUGCUGCAUACCCUGACCCUCUCAAUCUUCUACACAGUAUUCCUCGCACAGGACUGGAUCUCGAACGAGAACAAAGCGCGCUUGCUGCGGUUCAAGGUUUGGGGCGACUUGGUCACGUACGCAGGAUGUGGAUGUGCGACUCUCUACGCGGACAGGAUCACAGAGUAUACGCCUAAACAGCCAGAUCAGGGAUGGAAGGAGCUGAUCCAUCGCGCGAAUGUGUACGGAGACGAUGGGCAUAUUUCCAAGGUUACUCGGGCGUUAUUGCAUGCGGAGAGCCUGCCAGAUCCGCGCGCUGGGUUCCCGUUACGCAGGGAGGAUUUCAUCAGGAUUGCGCAUCUGAGUCUUGAUUCUGUGGAGCGCAUGCUCGAGCCGGACCAGUACAAGGUGCCGGAGAAGAUCCGCAAAGAAGUGGGAGACGAGAUGGGGCAGGACGAAGAGGUUAUCCGGGUCAUGGUGCGAUGGGUGCGAUGGUGCGGCGUCGAGGGUGCAUGGGAUGAGUUUCCAGACCUUGGCUGA